GGCUGCAGUGGAGCGGCAGGAGCUGAUGGCGCGUCACAAUAAGCGCUCCCAGAAGAAGAACGAUGGCGGCGAGAAGGAUGUGGAUGAAACCAACCGGCUGAUGGAGGAGAGGGUAUUCCCAUUGAUGCUGGACCAGGAGAGGCUCAAGUGUAGACAACAGCCAUGCGGUGAGUGCACGAAAGCGAACAGGAAGGAAGAUGCGAGUCGGGAACAGACUCAUCCAUCACGUGUGAUUUGUUCUGUCAACUGAUCGGGGUCGGUUAGGGGUGUGUUUGCUGGAUUUCGAGGAGGGCGAUGUCGUCCGCGGCAGCACCACAUCGCGGCGAGACUUCCGUCUGGGCCUCAUCGACACUUGCCCGCAUGCCUUCCACUACAAGUGCAUCGAGACCUGGGCCAGCCAGGAGAACAGCUGCCCUCAGUGCAAGAAGCGGUUCAUCGCUAUGGCCUGCUACACCAACACCGGACGCCGACAGAGCUGGGUGAGGAGCUACGGGAGAGGCGACGCAACAACCACACAUGCAAUGCCACCAACCAACCUUGACAGAAUGACUGUGCUCUUUUUAACGCAGCGUUUUGUGGAUGAGGCUCACUUGGUGGACACCCUAUCGGACUCUGACGACGAGUCCGAUGCAGGCGAUUCGGACUUCCUCGAUUCAGAAUCGGAACUGUUCCGCGAGCCGGGACAUUCACCUUCUGACCUCUCCGAGGCACGCGACCAGGACGAGGCAGAUGAGCCUCCACCGCUUCGACGAAAUCGACGCGCGAGGGCAGAGCCGUCGGCACCUGCUCCUGCUCCUGCUGCUGCUGCUGCGGCUGGGCCACCCGCGCAGCGCGGUCGGCCGGCUCGCAGAGGUCGAGGGCGGUCGGCCGAUGGGCCGGGGAGGGGGCGUCGGAGGGCGAGGGAAGAUAGCCAUGAGGAGGGCCAGGGUGAUGGUGAGGCUGCCGAUAAGGAGAGGGAGGAGCGGCGCAAGAAGAGGAAGGCCGAGGAGGUCAAGAGGGAACCUGUGGAUGAGAGGAUGGCUGCGAAGGUGCGUAGCGAACAACCAAUGAACAGACGAAGCUUCCCUCUUCCCCUGGUCCCAUUUCGCUCAUUGUGUCCGUUCAGAUUCGUGCUCGCAUCGAGCGUCAGCUUGCCCGCAUGCCCUUCUACAGCGUGUCCGGGCCGAUGGUGUCACGCCCAGCUGCAGCAGCUGCAUCUGGUGGUGGACAGGCAGCGGCAGCUGGUGCGUCUGCCGCCGCCGCCGCUGCUGGCGCAUCGGACACUGACCCCUCCCAUCCCCAAUACAAGAUGGACAUGGACGCCGACGACGACGAGACCGACGACAAGCCGGCCCGUCGGCCCCCAGCUGUAUCGUCCAAUCACGGGCCCCUGCCCUUCAUGCAGACAGCCGAGGGAGCCGGCGAUGCCCCUCGCCCCGCCCUUACUGCGGAAGGUGGCGACGAAAAGGCACCCAAUCGCGUGCUCAAGCUGGCUGUUGAUGACGGCAAGGCGGCGACGGGGGGUCGAGGCGGCGGGGCGAGGCGAGGUGCGGUGAGGGUGCGUGUGGGGCAAUUCGCAAGGGGCCGGGCGUUCGGGGGCUUUAGCGGUUUCGACCUUAAGCCGGACUACUCGAGCGACUUCCUGCUUGGGGGCAAGAAGGAUCAAGAUGAGAAAGGAGAAGAGGAGGAAGAGUGAUUAAUGUGUCCCAGGACUGCGCCUUGCAUAAUGAUGGUG